AUGGCUGCUACGGAAGUGGAACGAAGACGAGGUCAGCUUGCUGCGCUGUCCAUUGCGGCAGUGGUCAUCAUUGUAGGUGUCCCUUUGUGGUGGAGAACAACUGAAACCUACCGUGCCUGGUUGCCAGUCAGUCAAAUCCAGGAGCUGGCUGAUCUUGAGCUUCAAUUAAGUGCUGAUGUGGAAAUAGUGUUUGCACGAGGAACAGUUACUCCAGAACAACAGAAAAAGAUCCCACUAACAAUGACAAAGGACGCCGAAAACAUAAUUGAUGAAAACACAUCUCUUGGAUACAGGUAUGAGAUUCGAUACAGAACAGCAACUAUCAUGGAGGAAGAUGCUCUGAACAAGCCUACUACUGCAGAAGCAGAUCUGUCACUGUACACACUCAGUGAAAGUCCAUGUGGCACCUUGGUGAUGUACAUCAUCCCAGAUUCAUCACAGUUGCUGCCAGAGAACAUAGACGUUUACAUUGGCCAGCGCCGAACAGCCAUGCUACGUCUAGAUACUCAAGUGAAAGUUGGAAAGACACUGGAUCAGUUGCUGACUAACCUGGAGCCUCGAAUUGAGCAGGUUCUACAGGUGAUGUCCUUCAGUCACGCUGAUGUCACUGCUGCCCUCAGUGACAGAGUCCGGCUCAUCCCAGGCAGCAAAGAGAGUAUCGCAGACAGUAUGAGAACCUUCAAAUCAAGCCCAGGUUAUGAGAUCACAUUUAGUCUUUUAAACCCAGAUCCCAAAUCACACAGGCUUCAUUGGGAUAUUGAGGGUGCUGUGGAAAACUACAUUCAUCCUUUAGUUUCAAAACUUGCUCCAGUGGCCAACUUUAGCAUCGACUCUCAAAUGUUGUACUAUGCCAUGCUUGGUGUCAACCCUCGACUUGACAGCAGUCGUAGUGCCUACAUACUCAAUGCUGAUAGUCUUGCUCAUGUCAUUAAUCCUGUUGAAGCUCGACUUGGUUCAAAUGCAGCCUCCUCCAAUCCAGUAUUGAAUUUUUUGUUGUAUGUUCCUGAUGCCAAUCAUUCACCUCUCUUCAUUCAAAAUCACAAUAAACAAGAAGUACCAUCAAAUGCAUUUCAUUCACCACGCUGGGGUGGCAUUAUGGUUUAUAAUGUUAACAGUUUUUAUGGGCCAGAUGAUACUUUCCCUGUUGACAUUGAUAUCAACAUGGCAAAAGUCAUGGGAGUAUUCCUUGCACAACUCCGACUCUUGUUGGGAGUACAGUCUUCUCUUCUUCCCCCUGGAUUUCUGAUGGCACCUUGCAAUACUUUUGGACUGGCCGAUUGGGAACUAGAUCGCCUCAUGUGGAGCAGAAGUGUUGAAAACAUUGCAACAGCCACAACGACUAUCACCUCUUUGGCACAAUUGCUGGAUCAGAUUGGCAACAUUGUUAUCAAUGACAAUAUUGCUCAAGAGGUGUCCAGGGCUGUCACAGCUUUGCAACUGGCAGUAGCAGAAUUGAAAGCAGGGAAUCUUGCCAUGUCUGGUAUUGUUCGCGGACCUCAAGGCAGCAACGACUGUCGAAUUUACGUCGGAAAUCUUCCCCCAGACAUACGCUCAAAGGACGUGGAAGAUCUGUUUUAUAAGUAUGGAGUAAUUCGCGAUAUUGACCUGAAAAACCGAAGAGGAGGACCACCAUUUGCUUUCGUUCAAUUCGAGGACCCGAGGGACGCAGAUGAUGCGGUUUAUGCUCGUGAUGGGUACGACUAUGAUGGGUACCGACUCCGCGUGGAGUUUCCUCGCAGUGGGCGAGGUGGCGGGCCCUCUUCAGGUCCCCCCAGGGGCAGGUUUGGGCCCCCCUCCCGCCGCUCUGAGUACAGAGUUGUGGUCUCAGGUCUUCCUCCAAGUGGAAGUUGGCAGGACCUUAAGGAUCACAUGAGAGAGGCAGGUGAUGUAUGUUAUGCUGAUGUUUAUCGUGAUGGGACUGGAGUGGUGGAGUUUGUACGCAAAGAAGACAUGACCUAUGCUGUCCGCAAGCUGGAUAACACCAAAUUUCGCUCUCAUGAGGGUGAAACCACAUACAUUCGCGUGAAGAGUGAUGGUCCUGGCAGCCCCAGUUAUGGCCGCUCUCCUUCACGGAGUCAGGGUCGCCUAAUUACUCCCCCCGGCGCUCCCGUUCCCGCUCUCGCACCUAAACCUCAACCCAGAAUGAUCCAGCGUCCAGAGGAACAGGAUAGGAUGGGAGUGGAUACAGUUCAAGUUAGGAUUAACAGGAGGAGGAGCAGGAGUCAAAAAUGGCACCAAUGGUUUGGACUGGGCACUGUCGCCUACCAAUCCUAUUGCCUCCGUUUGGAAAGUGCUUGUUCAAUAACUGAAGCUUCUAAAAGACGAGUAAAGUCCAUUGGCGCCAUGUCUGAGAAGAAAGCUGUCAUAAAAAAUGCAGACAUGUCGGAUGAGAUGCAACAGGAUGCUGUGGACUGUGCCAUGCAAGCCAUGGAAAAGUAUAACAUUGAGAAAGACAUUGCAGCGUAUGUCAAAAAGGAGUUCGACAAGAAGUACAAUCCCACAUGGCACUGCAUUGUCGGGAGAAACUUUGGAAGUUAUGUGACUCAUGAGACAAAGCAUUUUAUUUAUUUCUACCUUGGGCAAGUGGCCAUUCUACUUUUUAAGUCUGGCUAA